UAUAUGCUUUGAACACUAAAAAUGAUGAACAUGAAGCUGCUAUUCAAGCCCUUAAGGAUGCCCAUGAAGAAGAAAUUCAACAAAUUCUUGCAGAAACAAGGGAGAAGAUCUUGCAGUAUAAAAGUAAAGUUGCAGAAGAAAUGGAUCUUAAGAGAAAGAUCCAGGUUUUGGAGGAGUCACUGGAAGAUCAUAAAAAAAUGAAACAUCAGGCCUUGACAGAAUUUGAAGCGUAUAAGGAUAGAGUUGAAGACAUGCAGCUUUGUGCAGAAGCCCAGCAUGUCCAACGUGUAGUGACGAUGUCAAGAGAAGUAGAAGAGAUCAGGAAGAAAUUUGAGGAAAGGCUACGAAGUUUCAUACAGUUGCAAGUGCAAUAUGAAAAGGACAAGCGCUCAGCUCUGGAAGACUUGAGAGCUGCGCAUAGGCUUGAGAUUCAAGAACUUCUGAAGACUCAACAGAAUCAGAAUGCAACCUUGAGUAAGGGACAAGAAAAGCUAGAGGAACUGCACAGACUGGAACUUGAAGACUUGAAUAAUAAAGUUGAGGAAUUGAGACUGGAAAGAAAAAAACUCAUUGAGGACUAUGAAGGUAAACUCAGCAAAGCACAGUCCUUCUAUGAACAUGAACUUGACUCAUUGAAAAGAUCCCAGCUUUUUACAGCUGAAAGUCUGCAUGCUUGCAAAGAAAAAGAGGUGGAGCUAAGGAAAGAGUUUCAAAAUCAAGAAAGUAUUUUACGGAAGAAUCUGGGAAAACUUAAAACUGAAUUGCAAAUGGUCCAGGAUGAAGCUGCCAGUCUUCGGGAAAAAUGCCAAAAACUUCAGGUGGCUCUUAGUACAGCAGAAAACAAUGUUCAGGUUCUUCAAAAACAGCUAGAUGACGUGAAGGAGGAAGAGAUGUCAUUGCUAAGCAAACAUAAAGAAGUGGAAAGUGAGCUAGCAGCUGCCAGAGAGCGCUUACAACAGCAGGCCACUGAUCUUGUUCUCAAAGCCAGUCACAUUGGAACGCUUCAAGCUACCCAGAUGACACAAGAAGUUACAAUCAGAGAUUUGGAAUCAGAAAAGUCUAGAUUAAAAGAAAAACUAUCCCAACUGGAAGAGGAAAGAAACUUACUACAAAGCAAAACACAGAGUCUGGAUGAGCGACAAAGGCAGCAGAUUCUGGCCUUGGAGAAGAAAGUAAAUGAAGCAAGAGAGACGCAACGUGAAUAUUAUGAGAAGGAGUUGGUAAAACUGCAAGCAAGGUUAGAAGGAGAGGCUGCACAGUUGAAAGAGGCUCAUUCAAAAACUUUAGAAGAAUUGGCAUGGAAACACCAUACUGCAAUCGAGGCUGCACACAGCAACGCUAAUAAGGAUAAGAAAAAACUGCAGAUGGAGUUAGAACAGCAGUUUGAGAAGGAGAAACUGCAUUUGGAGGAUGACAAGAAUCAGCUUCGACAGCAGCUGGAAAACCUGAGGGAAGAACUGACAACGAAACUGACUUCUGCCAAUCAGGAGGUAUGUCGUCUGCAAGAUCUUGUACGAAAAAGUGAACAAGGCCUUGGUACUGCAGAAGGACAUAUCUCCAGUCUUCAAGAAGCUCAGGAAAUACUCCAGAAAGAACUAGAGUUAACUAGAGCAAGACUGCGAGAGACCACAGAUUCACUGUAUAAUGUUGAGGUAAACAUAAUGUUGGAGAAUAAAUUGUGCAAAAUACCAUUGCAGUGAUUUCAGUCUUUUAUU